UUUUGGCUUUCAAUGAAGAGAGAUGACGGUGCAUGUGUAAAGCGUGCUUACAAAAUUUUUUGAAAAUUUUCUUUCGGCACUGGCAACUAGAAUUGGACACUAGGCCUAGGUGGCAGAUAUUUCGACAUUUGUCUAGCUACCUAUACCGGAUAUCUACACAAAGGAUUCAUACUUUUAUUGGAUUAUACAGACGCUGAUUUCAGUUUUUUACUGUCUUCAGACUUCAGCCUCAGGAAUUGUUGCCGUAGAACUAAGACUAAGUUAGCUGUGCCGAUUUGUGGACCUAAAAGAUUCAGUUUGCAACUUCAGGAUUGAAUUUUUUCUUGGCGGUUCGCUUGAUUGAACUUUGGAGGUGAUUGCAUCCAGGAUUCAUUGGACUUGGGCUGAGUGACGGAGCUUCGAGUCUAACUCUAGUUUCGCGAGUUGAUCAUGCCAAAGGUUAAGGCCAAGAAAAUAACGACCGCAGGUGCGAGGAAGGGAGAUGACACACCGAAGAGGAGGCCGGGUCGGCCGAGAGGUCCACGGGCGACGUCAACCCCCGCAAGUGUGGAUCUGGGGCUGGGAGGCGGCAACAACGGGCCAGGAAGGAGCGGACCUGUGGUGUGGAUCAUAGGGGACUCGAUAGUGUUUUGGGCACAUCGCAGGGCGAAGAACACCGGCGAGGCUGACCUUGGACUUGGAACGUCGGUCCGCUGGUUGGGGAAAAGGGGGCUACGAAUUGAAGGGGUAAGCGAUUGGUUAGAUAAGAUGGGUCGGAGUGAACCAAAGCCUUCAGUAGUAGUAUUGCAUGUAGGAACGAAUGACAUUGAGGCACUGUCCAAGAAGAAGCUGGCUAGUUUGACGUAUAGACUUUUUGACGCCAAUAAGGACAAAUUUCAAAUAGUGUGGUCGGACAUUUUGGAGAGGGUUUGGUACCCCGCUGGCUGUACAGGAGAUCAAGGUAAAUUGGACUUAAAGAGAAGGGCGGCCAAUAGGUACGCCAAGGCUUUAGCUGCAAGAUUUCAUGGUAAAGCCAUACCACAUCCAUCAAUAUCCCAUAAUGACAUUUCGCUGUACAGAACUGAUGGCCUACAUCUGGCCGAUGAAGGGUUGGACAGAUUUAUCAGUGAGUUAAAAGUUGGUCUUUCAUAUCUUCGUUGAGUAUGUAUUUAUACAUUUUACCUUAGUCGCUCCGGCGUGACCGACUCCAGACCGUCCGAUCCGAUAGUAUGAAUAAGGGUUUUGGCUGGUCUGGAGCCGGUUUCACCAGUGUGUCUAUGUUUUCAUAAUGUAUCAUUUGUUGUUAUUUAGCUGCUCAUGCAUUUACGUUCAAUGUAUGCAUGCAUUAAAUCAUGUUGGGGUCAGUUAUGGAUAACCUAGAUAUACAUUGUAAUGGAGGAAUGGGCAAUGUUCCCUGGUACCCCCCCCCCCUGGUAAAAGCACUAAGGAUAAUAACGUUGGUGAAUACUAGUAGAAUGAUCCUGUAAUGGUUGCUAAGAUUUAUUGAAUAUCUUGGUA